AAAUUGAGACCGAAAAUAUUUAUCAAGACAUGAUAAACGAUUGUGAUUUAUUUGAUUUUAGUGAUUAUCCCGAAGAGCAUUGGAUGAUAAAAAAUCUUCCAGAAGAUCAAUGGAUAAUUACUGAAGAAGAUAAGCGUGUAUUAAAAAAUACUAAAGUAAUAGGUAAGUGGAAGGAUGAAAAUGGAGGAGAUAGAGCUAUCGGCUAUGCAGAAGUUCAUGCAAAAUGUUAUAGCAUUGUGUGUGAAAAUUCACGAAAAAAUAUGAUCAAGGCCAAGGGUCUUAAAAAGUCUCUUAUCAAGAAAGAGCUUACACAUAAAAUAUUUGAGAACUGUGUUUUAGAAGGGAAAGAAGAUCAACCAUGA